AUGGCGGGCAAAUAUGAAGUGGGGCGAGGAAUUUUUCAGGCUUCUUCCUUUUCUGCGAUUCUGUAUCUCCAUCUUGCUGCUGAGCUUGGGAAGACAUUACUGGAUCGGAACACAGAGUUGGAGGAUUCUCUUCAGCAGAUGUACACAACCAAUCAGGAGCAGUUACAGGAAAUUGAGUACCUGACCAAGCAGGUGGAGCUCCUGCGGCAGAUGAAUGAGCAGCAUGCGAAGGUUUAUGAGCAGUUAGAUGUCACGGCAAGGGAGCUAGAAGAAACAAAUCAAAAGCUUGUUGCUGACAGCAAGGCCUCACAGCAAAAGAUUUUGAGUCUGACUGAGACAAUCGAAUGCCUGCAAGCCAACGUCGAUCACCUCCAGAGCCAAGUGGAGGAGUUGAAGUCAUCUGGCCAAGGGAGGAGGAGCCAGAGAAAGCAUGACCAGAAGUCGGCACCCAGCUUCUCGUGUCUGAAAGAGCUAUAUGACCUGCGCCAACACUUUGUAUAUGACCACGUGUUUGCGGAAAAGAUCACUUCCUUGCCAAGUCAGCCAAGCCCAGACGAAGAAGAAAACAAGCAUUUGAAGAAGGCGGUGAGGACGCUGCAGGCGCAGCUGAGCCUGGAGCGGCAGAGGCGGGGCGCCCUGGAGGAGGAGUACGAGCUGGUGCUGAAGGAGAACGAGGAGCUGGAGCAGCAGCUGGGCACCGCCGGCGCCUACCGCGCCCGGGCACUGGAGCUGGAGGCCGAGGUGGCUGAAAUGCGGCGGGCACUGCAGUCUGAGCGGCCCUUCGUGAAUGGGGUUGAGAAGCUGGUGCCCGACUCCCUGUUCGUCCCUUUCAAAGAGCCUGGCCAGAGCCUGCUGGAGGAGAUGCUGCUGACGGUGCCCGAGGCCCCACGGAGGCCCCUCAAGCGAAGCAGCAGCGAGACAGUGCUCAGCAGCUUGGCCGGUGGUGACAUCGUGAAGGGCCACGAGGAGACCUGCAUCCGGAGGGCCAAGGCUGUGAAGCAGAGGGGUGUGUCCCUGCUGCAUGAGGUGGACACGCAGUAUAGCGCACUGAAGGCCAAGUACGAGGAGCUGCUGAGGAAGUGCCAGCAGCAGGAGGGGGACUCGCUGUCCCACAAGGCCGUGCAGACUGCCAGGGCUCCGGCCAGGGACCUAGCUGCCAGGGACCCACCCACCGCUGGUGCCCCCGAGCCUGCUAGCUCCCCCACCAGCACACCGCCUCCCGAAUACAAAGCGCUCUUUAAGGAGAUCUUCAGCUGCAUCCAAAAGACGAAGCAGGAGAUCGACGAGCAGAGAACGAAAUACCGCUCUCUCCCUUCUCCUUCCUAAUGGGGCCUCCAGCUCCCCUGCUCAUUUCCUACCUCCCAUCACCCCCUCCCACUCACACAAACAUUUGUAGACCCCAACACAGAAGCUACUCAUGAUGUUGGCCUGCUUUGCUUACUUAGCAAGUGUGUACGUACAGUGAAGAAAGAGGAUGGCUCCUGGCAUCAGUUCCCUAUCCCAGAUCCCUUUAAGCCCCACAGAAAGCCCCUCCCAUGACACACUGGCCUCUGGCUGGCACUGACCAGGCUGCAGUUCCUUGAGAAGCCCCAGAAGCAGUGGGGGCAGAUGUGUGUUCCUGGAGAGGUGGGCAUAGAGUUUCCAUAGGAUAUACUUGUAUAUAUAGUGCAUAGUACAUUGGGAAAGGGUGAGGGAAACUAAGCUAAAGCAAUCCCUGCUGCCUCCUGGCUUUACUCAAAACUGUGGAAGUCAGCUGCCAACCUGAAUUGUUCACAAGCACUGUUGGAUACUGUGAAUUCAUUAAGAACAUUCAGGAGAAAGUAGGGGUCUAAUCCAAAGAAACAGUAUUAACAAGUACCCCACACCUUUGAGUUUCAGUUGCUACCAGUCAGACUGACAGGUAAUCCUAACAGAUCUAAACCCACUGAGCACCCGCUGAAAGGCAAGCUCUGCUUGACCAAAGCUAGCCUGUCGGCCUGCGCUGCCAGGACAUCCACCCCACACCCAAAUGUCCACGCAAGUACAGUGGUUAGGAUAGCCGAGUACACACAUCGUUCCUUCCUUUCUUAAAUGCAAACCAAGGGGACAGACCUCUUCUGUGUUGCCUGAGCUGGCUGACCUGCUCAGUGCCUGCCACCCGUCAGUAACUGGACUUGGCUGCACGGACCCUGUCUGCUGCUUUAUUGAACAGUGUUGGCAUCAUUCUAACUGUGGAAAUAGACAACUACUAGCACUUGCAUACUUUAAUUUAAAACUAUUUAAGAAGACUGAGGUUCCAGUAAUUGUAUAUAUUUUUCUAAAAACCAAAUAAAACUACCUAUGAAAAUGAACAAAUGGAUCUAUAUUGCUUAUUAAUUUGAGCUUAAGCCAUUUCACUGUUGUAACUGUUCACCCUUUUCUUCCAACAAACAUCAGUAGGAAGAUUUGAAUAGUGAUUUUUUUUUAAAGAUUUUUUU